CACUAGACAGGUCCCGGUACAAAGAAGACCUACAAUGGAUCCCAGUGCUUUCUGCGGCAUCCUGCUGGGGUGUCGGCCGUUGACACGACGGGAAUCAUAAAGCAGUCGGUCAAUGAGAUGUCUUGUUGAGGGGGACUGCGGGUUGAAGCUUCAGUCUGUCGCACUCGGACAUGUUUUUGUUGUUCCUUGACUCAGAAACAGCACUACUGUAGUAAAGAGAAACGACGACAACUGGACUCUAGAGGGCGCUGUAUGUGCAUGUGUGAAAAGAAGUUAACAGCUGUUCUUCCAGGAAGCAUGGGUUAGAAAGAUGUUAAUCCCCUCAGUCUGAACAAAGGGUCACAGUACCAACAGCACCUGAGGAUAACAUGGGCCUGUUGUCCAUUCUUCGGAGGCUGAAGCAGACCCCAGAUCAGGAGGUGCGCUUACUGCUGCUGGGCUUGGACAACGCUGGCAAGACCACUCUGCUGAAACAGCUGGCGGCGGAAGAUAUCAGCCACAUCACCCCCACACAAGGUUUCAAUAUAAAGAGUGUUCAAUCAUCUGGCUUCAAGUUAAAUGUGUGGGACAUAGGAGGUCAGCGCAAGAUCCGCCCCUACUGGAAGAAUUAUUUUGAGAACACAGAUGUACUGAUCUAUGUGAUUGACAGCUCCGACAGGAAAAGGUUUGAAGAGACAGGUCUGGAGCUGGCUGACUUGCUAGAGGAGGAAAUGCUCGCUGCUGUGCCACUGCUGGUCUUUGCCAACAAGCAGGAUCUGAUGACUGCCACCCCAGCGUCUGAGCUGGCAGAAUGUCUCAGUCUGCACACGAUCCGAGACCGCAUGUGGCAGGUCCAGGCCUGCUCAGCAGUCACUGCCGAGGGACUGCAGGAUGGCAUGACCUGGGUUUGCAGAAAUAUAAGGUUUCGGAAGAAAUAAUUCAGGAAGAAAAAAAGAUCUAUGAAGAAUUGCAGUUGCACUUUACAUUUGACAUACAUACAUCUCAUGCAUGGAGGCGACAGAAUGUGUUUCUUUUUAUUUUAGUGAAACUACCUCUUUUGUCAUUCUGUUUAAACUUGGCAGUAUAAAAAACAAGUAGAAUGUAUCAAUACAGUGAUGUUAAGUGAUCUUAACCCUUUCAAUCCAUAUGUUGAAAUGUAAAUACUAUAUAUAUGAGGGUGUUUUCUUCGAACUGCAGACAAUUUAUUUUUGUAAUAUGCUAUUUUUAAUGUUAUUAAU